AUGACAGUCACAGACCCAGUCAGUCCAGAUGCUAUCAGGGCCAUGUUUGCCUCUGCCCUUUCGAGCAUGUAUCGACGUGAAGUUCCCCAAUACGGCACACUGCUCAAGCUUGUAUCCGAUAUCAAUCACCAAAAACAUCAACCCAUGGAGCCCCGUAUCGAGGUUGAACGCCAUGGAGCUAUCAGACUUGGAACACCCGAAGAACUAGCAAUGAUGCGGCGAUUAUUCGCUGUGAUGGGAAUGCAUCCUGUUGGCUACUACGACCUCACUGUCGCCAAUCUCCUCACGCAACCACUGGCAUACAACCCUUUUCGGGUAUUCACAUCUUUAUUGCGGCUUGAACUCAUCGAGGACGAGACACUUCGGACCCAGGCUGCCGAUGUUUUGCGAAAACGCAACAUCUUUACAGGUCGAUGUGUGGAAUUGAUCAAAAUAUUCGAAUCACAAAAGUCUUUUUCCGAAGAGGUAUCAAAAGAAUUCAUAAAAGAAGCCCUCGAAACAUUUCGAUGGCACAAAACAUCAACAGUUGACAUGAAAACAUACAAAGCUCUUCGAGAAGCACAUCCCUUGAUCGCAGACGUCGUCUGUUUCAAAGGACCUCACAUCAACCAUCUCACGCCACGGGUCCUCGACAUCGAAACAGCACAAGUUGAAAUGCUUCGAUAUGGCCUCCAAGCCAAAGACGCUAUAGAAGGACCUCCGCCAAGACUUUUCCCUAUCCUCCUUCGCCAAACAAGUUUCUUAGCCCUUGAUGAAGCGAUUGCCUUUUCAGAAGGAGAAGAAACUGGAGGAAGCCACAAGGCGAGAUUUGGAGAGAUUGAGCAGCGGGGAAUGGCCUUGACGCCCAAGGGAAGACGUCUAUACGAUGAUCUUAUCAACGAGUGGCGAGGGUCUGUGGCCGAGCUCACGUCUGAUGCUAAAUCUGGCUCGAAGGAGCAAAUUCUUGCAAAGAUUUUCCAGAAGUUCCCAGAUGACUUGGAAACCAUUCGAAAAGAGAAUCUUGCAUACUUCACAUACAGUCCUGUUUCUCAGCUACCAAUAGACCUCGAUGCGAGCAUCGACAGUCUUGUCAGCUCCGGGGCCGUUAAGGCUGAGCCGAUUACAUAUGAGGAUUUCUUGCCUGUCAGUGCAGCUGGAAUCUUUCAUUCAAAUCUAGGAGAAGAUGGCGGGUUGAGCCAUGUCACAGAAGCGGAUCAAGAGUCUUUCGAGAAGAGUCUUGGAUGUCAGGUUAAGAGGGAAUUUGAGUUGUACAGUGAAAUGCAGGAAGUGUCGAUUCAAGGAUGUUUGGAGAGGUAA